ACCAUUUUAGUGUCAAAUCCUCAUUCAAAUUUCGAUAAUUAAAGGUUGUCAAAUUCCAGAAUCCCAGACUUGCUUGUUCUUCUUCUUCGACCUCCUUCAGAUACCUCAAUUUUCAUUUGUAAGGUUUUCUCUAAACCCAUCACUAGAUUCAGAUCAAACCAUGGCCACCACCGCUCAUCUCCGACAACCGCCGCAUUUAAAGUAACCUUAAUUCCUCUGUUCCAAAACACUAAAUCGUACUCUAUCCUUCGGCACCAAACCCAUUUGGGACGGAAGGAUCGACCUUUCGUUUUCCGGAGGCGGUUGGAGCCGAGGAGAUAAGAAUGAAGACUCGAAACCCUCAAUUUCCUCCCCCCUUUCAUUUUCGAUCCGAUCAGAUUAAGCCCUCCUCCAUUGCUAGAGCUCCUACUUCUACUUCCAGAUUUUAUCUUGGUUUAAUUAGAUAAGGUCUGAUGUGUUUUCUACCAUGUUGACCUUGUUUUUUGGUUUCAAUUCUGUUAACAGUGUUAGCAUAGAUGUUAGUACCACGUGGAUGGCUGGAUUAAAUAAAUGGUUAAGAUUGCAUAUUAGCUAUCGGGUCACUUACACCGACUGUGCGUAAAAUAAUUUUCAACUAUAGAAUAAAUACAAGUUUAUACUCAAAGCCUUUUUGUUUUAUUCUUUUGUCAUUAAUCUCUCAAUUAUUGCGGCUCUUCAUAGUACAACUGUACAACUAAUAAGCACGUUUCUCAUUUGUUUCAGAUCUCUCUUUUUUCCAAUUAUUUUUAUUUUAUUAAUUUUUUUAAUGUUGUGGUCUCUCUGUGCCCCCCUACAUAAAGGUAUCUGGGCACCUGCAAUCAAAUUAACCUAAUUAAGACACUCAGUCUCCAUCUGUAGCAAAAGAUGUUGAAACCCAGAGUAUUUCACAAAUCACAGUCUCUCUUUCUUCAGAACAAGCCGUUCAUCCAUGGAAGUAGAGGCAGCAGAACUUCACUUUCCGUCUGGUCAAUAAGUUCUUCAUUCCCCAACAAACACAAAAACCUUCGAGUUGGAUCCAGUAACAAUUACAACAACAACAUAGAAGCCGUAAGUAGUACUAAUAGUACUAGUAGCAGUAGCAGCAGCACUAGUAAUACUAGCAACCCUGGACCGACGACCACGACAACGAUAACCACUACUACUACCACUGAGGUGACGGAAGUGGUGACGGAGAAUGAAGAUGCAGCGGUCAAGAAAGAAGUAGAAGUAGUGACCACAAAAGAAGUAGUGAAGGAGAAGUUCAUCAGUGUUAAAGCAACCAUAACGGUGACGCUUACAGUUGGUGGGUUUCUGUCUCACAUGGGUUUAGCUCGAGGACUUGAUGAUAUAAAAGAUUUGCUUGGCCAAACGCUCUUCAUGGAGCUUCUUAGCGCUCACCUUGAUCCCAAAACUGGAUUAGAGAAUGAGCCAGUUACAGGGUUCGCACACCGAAGUCGCCGAGUGGAGGGUGAGAUUAUAUACGAGACAGAUUUUAAAGUUCCAUUAGAUUUUGGGGAAGUGGGAGCCAUUUUAAUAGAGAAUGAGCAUCACAAGGAGAUGCAUCUCAAGGAUAUUGUCCUGGAUGGCUUGCCUAAUAGCCCUGUACUCCUCAGUUGUAAUUCAUGGAUCCACUCCAAGUAUGAUAAUCCAGCCAAGAGGGUCUUCUUCACUAACAAGUCAUAUUUGCCAUCUCAAACUCCAAGUGCAUUGGUGAGGCUAAGAGAAGAGGAGCUUGUGACAUUGCGCGGCAAUGGCCAAGGAGAGCGCAAGAGCUUUGAGAGAAUAUACGAUUACGAUGUUUACAAUGAUCUUGGGAAUCCUGAUUCGAGUCUAAAGCUUAUAAGACCGGUUCUUGGAGGAAGCAAAGAAUUCCCCUAUCCCAGGCGAUGUCGAACUGGGCGACCAAUGAGUGAAGCAGAUAAACAUUCGGAGAAAAGGAGCAGCAAGGUGUACGUUCCUAGAGACGAAGCUUUCUCAGAGGUGAAGCAGUUAACAUUUUCAGCAAAGACAUUGUACGCUGUCAUGCAUGCAGUAGUACCGUCACUGGAGAACGCCAUCACUGACACUAAUCUUGGAUUCACAUUGUUCACGUCAAUAGACACACUUUUCAAUGAAGGCAUUAAGUUGCCUCCAAUUAACGAACAAGGGAUUCUCCAAGCUAUACUUCCUAGACUAGUAAAUGCUUUGGCUUCUGGAGGUGAUGUUUUGCGGUUCGUGCCCCCAGAAACAAUGAAUAGAGACAAAUUCUUCUGGUUUAGGGACGAGGAAUUUGCUAGGCAGACUCUUGCCGGUCUCAACCCAUAUAGCAUUAAGUUGGUGACGGAAUGGCCAUUGAAGAGUAAAUUGGAUCCCAACGUGUAUGGUCCCCCAGAAUCUGCAAUUACCUCGGAAAUGAUUGAGCGAGAAAUUAAAGGCUUUGCGACCAUCAAAGAGGCCAUAAGAGAAAAGAAGUUGUUCAUACUAGAUUACCAUGAUUUGUUUUUACCAUACGUGAGCAAAGUACGAGAGAUUGAAGGCACAACACUAUAUGGAUCGAGGACAUUGUUCUUCCUUAACCCAGAAGGCACCCUAAGGCCGCUGGCCAUUGAGUUGACUCGACCGCCAAUGGACGGGAAGCCUCAGUGGAAGCAAGCCUUCCAACCCAGCUGGAAUGCUACCGGUGUCUGGCUUUGGAGGAUUGCCAAAGCUCAUGUCCUUGCUCAUGACUCUGGUUACCAUCAACUUGUUAGUCACUGGCUAAGAACGCAUUGUGCCACAGAACCAUAUAUAAUCGCAACCAAUCGUCAACUGAGUGUGUUGCACCCAAUCUACAAAUUGUUGCAUCCCCAUUUCAGAUACACUAUGGAGAUCAAUGCUCUUGCUCGUGAAUCACUUAUCAAUGCCGGUGGCAUCAUUGAAACCUCAUUCUCACCUAGAAAAUAUUCCAUGGAGCUUUGCUCUAUUGCCUAUGCUAAGGAGUGGCGAUUCGACCAAGAGGCUCUACCAGCCGACCUUAUUCGCAGGGGCAUGGCUGUUGAGGACCCAACUGCUUCCCACGGUCUGAGGCUAUCGAUUCAGGAUUACCCUUUUGCCAAUGAUGGACUCCUCCUAUGGGAUGCCAUUAAACAGUGGGUCUCUGACUAUGUAAACCACUACUACAGAGAGUCCACCCUUGUACAAACUGAUCAAGAGCUCCAAGCAUGGUGGACAGAAAUCAGAACAGUAGGUCACGGAGACAAGAAGGACGAACCCUGGUGGCCUGACCUAAAUACCCCUCAAGACCUCAUCGACAUCCUCACAACAAUGCUUUGGGUUACAUCCGGUCACCAUGCAGCAGUCAACUUUGGUCAGUAUGCCUAUGCAGGCUAUUUCCCUAAUCGCCCAACCAUUGCAAGAACCAAUGUGCCCACGGAGGACCCUGACGAUGAGGUUUGGGAAAUGUUCAUGAAAAAACCCGAAGCUGCCCUUUUGCGGUGCUUUCCUUCGCAAAUUCAAGCCACAACGAUCAUGGCGGUUUUAGACAUUUUGUCUAGUCAUUCGCCGGACGAGGAGUACAUUGGAGAGAAGAUGGAGGACGCGUGGGCUGAAGACGAAGUUAUAAGGGUGGCGUUUGAGCGGUUUAAGGGGAGGCUGAUAAUGCUUGAACAAACUAUUGAUGAAAGAAAUGCUAAUUUUGAGUUGAAGAACAGAAAUGGAGCUGGGGUUGUGCCUUAUGAGCUUUUGAAACCCUUUUCAGAACCUGGGGUUACCGCGAAGGGUGUUCCAUAUAGCAUCUCUAUUUGAAUAUUAUCUGUAUUUUUUGUUUGAAUAACAAGACAAAUUAACUAAAUAUAGCUAGCCCUUUCUUAAAUUUAUUAAU